CAAUUCGUCGUACCACCAUGAACCUUUUCCGUAACAAUUCGUGGAAUUCCGUAGUACUCCUGGUCUGUCUGGGACUAUCUGUCCAGGCUGCUGUCCAAGGACCAGAUGAUAAGGAUUAUCAACCAAUAUCCAACCCCUCAAAAACGAAGCGAUACAAUCCCUUUCAGGAUGAAUAUAAUGUUAGUAGCGGACAAAUCCAGUUAAGGCGUCGAAGGUUUUCGGUGGGAGCAACGGAAACAGUGGGCGGAUAUGGUCUUCCAACAUUAACUGUGGAAGAAAUGGAGAAAAAAUGUUCAGCUUCAACCAACUGGUUGGACGGAAACCAUGCUGCGUUUAAGGAUGCCGCCUUUCACGCGUCACUAAGAGAUAUUCGCCGAGAUCAUUAUAUUACCAACUACGGAUCUGGCCAUUUUUGCGGAGCAGUCAUUAUUACAGAAUACCUCUUGCUAAGUGCCGCCAGCUGCUUUCCUAAACUUGAGCCACAGUACAUUGGCGUGGUCGUUGGGUCGAUAGAUCUCCAUAAGCAAGUGAUUGGUACAACUCAGCUGUUGCUUGUCCAAAAGACCGUUAUGCAUCCAGGAUAUACAGCCGCUAAAGGAGAAAACGACAUCGGACUGGUUAUACUGAAAACACCAAUUAUAUUCAACGAGAAUGUAGCGGCUGCCCCGAUAGCUACAAGAUCGCUCUCUAAAGAAGAAAACUGCCAGAUCUUUGGGUGGGCUGCGCUGACACUGCAUUUCAAACCGGAGUGCCUGUUGAAGGAGACAGUUCCAGUUCCAGACUGGACGGAUUGUAAUCAACUAACAGCACAGUAUCAGGUUCAGAUGACGGAAAAGACUCUCUGUACUAGACCUGAUACCAAACCGUGUAUUGGCGAUCCUGGCGGUCCUCUGCUGUGCGACGGAGCUCUUAGUGGAAUUGUGACCCAGAAGGCAAAUUGCGAUACGGAUCUGUUGCCAAUCGUUUACACGGAUGUGUACAAGUACACGGAUUGGUUGAAAAAAGUCACGAAAGAACAAACGGGUGCUCUCAAGAAGAUGUAUCCAUCUGGAUUGGGGAAAAUUCAAAUAGCGAACAUAGGUACGAGAAUGGGUAGUGCCCGACAAGAAUCAGGAGGAACGUCGGUGCGUGUAUCGGCUGGACUGUUCGCUCUCGCUGGUUUAUGUUUCUUACUGUAGGCAGUUAUUGUAACUGAUAUGUUAACUAUUUACUUAUUUAUUUAAUGAAAUUCAAUUGAAUUGUUCUGUUUCAAGAAAAUAUUUGUUAAUUAUAUCGAACUGUAAUAAAUUUGA